AAUGUGGAGUGUAAAGAGAGUGAGCUGGAGGACGACACCCAGACUCUAACCUGAGGGGACGGGGACACUGAGGACCUGUCCACUGUGAGGGACAGCCUGGUAGAUCUGGACAGUGAGGACUUGGUGCCAACAAGAAGAAGUUCUGUUUUAUCACUGUUGAAUUUCAGGAAGGUGAACCAGGAUUUGAUUCAGAGAUACAGAGGGCGAGAGAGGAGGGGGAGAGUGGAGUCAGGUUUAGAGAGAGAGCUGGGUGUCUCCGCAUGGCAGUGAAAAUUAAUACCAAGUUUCCGGAAAAUGCUACCGAGGGGAAGAAGAUACUGUAUAUGACGAAGAGGAGGGGCCCCAGGACAGAGCCCUGGGGACACCAGAAGUGACGGGGAGGCUGGGAGGUGAUGAACUGAGAGCUCCAGUGAGGGAGGAGUGAAACCAGAGAAGAGGGGUGAGAGAGCCUAUUGAGCAGGAUGGAGUGAGAGGCGGUGUCGAAGGCCACCUCAGAUCGAGGAGGAUGAGGAUGGAGAUCAAACCGUGGUCAGCUGCCGUGAGAAGGUCGUCUGUGAUCUUUAAUAAUGCUGUUUCAGUGCUGUGGCGGGACGGAAAGCGGACUGGAAUCCUUCUGCAGUUUCUACUUUCUUUACGGCAGUUUUUUACUAUCUUUGUUACAGUUUUUACUUUCUUUACUACCUUUUUUACUUUAUUGCAGUUUCUACUUUCUUUGUUGCAGUUUUUACUUUCUUUGAGGUUCUAAUAGCAGGAACCUUUUCAAGCGUGAUUUCUUUGAACUGUUUGGGAACUGAUGGUUCCGUCUUUGUUUCAGUUUUUGUUCUUUUGUCUCUUGAAGACAAGCGAAUCGUCCCCCUGGUUCUGACUGUACGCGUUCCAAACCUGUAAACCAGUUCACCGGUAAACCGGUUAACCAGUUCAGAGACGCUUCAGCUUUCUCCUCAGCGUUUACAGCUCAUUUCCAUUUCCUGAAAAUAAUCAUCAAACUGGCUCCACUAAUGCUAAAGCUAACAGUAGUUGAUUUCAGCUCCGCCAAUGUUAAAGCUAGCAAUGGUCGAUGGCCGCUUCGCUAAUGCUAAAGCUAGUAAUGACUGAUGUUGACUCUGCUAAUGUUAAAGCUAACAGUGUUACACAGUGUCCUCUAGUGGUGACAGCAGUUGCCCCCCCUCACCCUGCUCUCUACCCCCCCCAGCUGGUCAGCCUGCUGCUGGUGGGCGUGGCCGCCUGGGGGAAGUGGUUCGGCCUGGUCUCCAGCAUCCGGGUGGUGGCGGGGGUCAUCGGGGUCGGGGUUCUCCUGCUCCUGGUGGCCCUCAUGGGGCUGUGCGGCGCCCUGAAGCACCACCAGGUGCUGCUGUUCUUCUACAUGAUGGUUCUGUCGGCGGCCUUCGUCCUGCAGUUCUCCGUCUCCUGCGCCUGUCUGUCGCUGAACAUCGAUCAGCAGAACCACCUGCUGGAGAUCGGCUGGAACAAGUCGGAGAGCACUCAGCGAGACGUGGAGAACACUCUGGACUGCUGCGGGUUCUCGUCCUUCAGCCCCAACAGCUCCUGCUCCGCGCCUUGUGCCCUGACCUCCACCCAGACCUGCUCCAGCUGUUCCGUCACCCUCCAGCGGUACGCCGGGGAGGUUCUGCGCUUCGUCGGAGGCAUCGGGCUGUUCUUCAGCUUCACAGAGGUUCUGGGAGUCUGGCUCACCCACAGAUUCAGGAACCUGAAAGACCCCCGAUCCAACCCGGGGGCGUUCCUGUGACCCGAGGCCCCGGAACCCGGAGGAACCCGGAGGAACCCGAAGGAACCCGGAGGAACCUGAAGCAACCCCGCCCCCGAUCAGCUGAUCAUCAGAUGGGUUCCUCCAGAUCGUCUCGUGUUUCGUCUUGAUCUGAUUUUCUUUUACAAAAAUGAUGAAAAACAUGAAGCAGGAGCUUCAUGAUGCUAAUGCUAAUACGCUAGCAUGCUAACACGAUGACCAUGCCAACACGCUAACCACACUAUCGCAAUAAGCAUGCUAACACGCCAACCCUGAUACGUUAACCACACUAACACGUUAACCAUGCUAACACACUAAUCACGCUAACUCUGCUAUCGCAUUAACCAUGCUAAAGUGUUAACCAUGCUAACACGCUAAACAAUGCUGACACGGUAACCACGCUGUCACAUUAGUCAUGUUAACAUGCUAACACAGAUACAUUAACCAUGCUAACACGUUAACCCUGAUAAAACGCCAACGAGCAAACCGCGUUAACCCUGACACAUUGACCAUGCUAACAUGCUAAACAAUGCUCACAUGCUAACCAGUCUGAAAAUUGGAAGAAGCAGCUGGGAGUCGGACCAGCAGCUCUAUCCAGUGAGCCAAAACUAAAUAAUGAGUUCCAUUGCGAAACCUUCAUGAGACCAGAAAUUACUGAAAAUUAGAAAAGAGAAAUUCUUGAUUUCAACGUCAGAACUGAGGCGAGGCCGAGUACGACCAAUCAGGAGCCACAGUUUGAAAAGAAAUUGUUUUUAGCAAUUUUGACUUUAAAAAAAGUGGUGAAGCUACAGUAAGACCACUGGGCUAGCCACAUGCUAACCCUGCUAACACCUGUUAGCCACAUGCUAACCCUGCUAACACCUGUUAGCCACAUGCUAACCCUGACACCUGUUAGCCACGUGCUAACCCUGUUAAAACCUGUUAGCUACAUGCUAACCCCGCUAAGACCUGUUAGCCACGUGCUAACCCUGCUAAGACCUGUUAGCCACCUGCUAACCCUGCUAGCGCCUGUUAGCCUCAUGCUAGCCCUGCUCAUGCUAAUGUUUGAUUCUUCUUGCUGAAACAGUUUUUCUUGGUUGAAGUUUUUCUGUCUGAUUUUUAAAAAGAUGAAGAAACAAACUUUUCUAGUUUUGAUGAUUUUCUGCAGUUUUUACUGAAAAAUGACGUUUUGAAACGAUUCUUUUAAUUAAAAUCUUUUUUUCGUGG